CUGAUCGUCGGCGUGGAGCCGGUGGACGGAUCUCGCUGCUCUCCGGACAAAUUGAUGAUGUUCUCAUCGGUCAGUAUUGAGGCCGGUCACUGGGGUUGAACGCAACUGACAAUUUCCCAUCGUUAGACCUGUGGUGAGAGAUUUAUGGGAAGAGACGCCCACAACUGGAAGCAAACCACAACUGAAAACGAGGGAACAGCGACAAGUGAACCAACCCGAGGACGGAGAUCAUCAAUUCGACAGAACCCUUCUGACUCGGAGUUUCCAUUAAUUCAGUCAGGAGAAAGUUCGGUCAUUGCCAGCAGGUGGGGCUUUCUUCCACCCGGACGUCGGACAAGCAGACGAUAAUCAACCAACGUCAGUCAGAGUCAGAAUGGACACAGAUCUGAACUCCGCCAUCUCCGCCUUCCUGUCAAACUGUGACGAUCACCAACUGUUUCGGUUGACGAGAUUCUACAUGGAGCGACUGGAGCAGGCGAUUGAGGAGGGCGUGGAGGGAGUCAGCUUCAUGUUAAUGGGCGAGGAUCACUUCACCGGGCAGGAGUAUCACAGGGUGACUGAGCUCGCGGAGAAGGGAAACCGAGCGGGCGCUUCCAAACAACUCCUGGAUCUGGUGAUGGAGAGAGGCUCCGGGGCCCGGAAGGUGAUGUGGGAAUCCUUUGUGAAACUGCACCACCAUUUACCGAAGCUGAGCAGAAUAUUGAAUGAAAUACGGGAGCGAGGUGACGGCCAGUUCGCCUACAUGGACACUGAGCGGGGUUUAUCUGAAGUGCCCAAACAUCUGAAAGGUGUUCGAAGGAAACACAUGGAGACUCUGCGGGCACAAACUGAAACACUGAGAGUGAACACGAUCCUGAUGAGGGAGAAGGUGAAGGUUUUCCAGCUGGUUGAUCGAUACGCUGAGCUCACGGUCAUUUCUACUGUUCGAGAUCGGACACUGGUGGAACAUGAGCUGCUGGCAAGAGGCAGAGACCACGAGGAGUGGAGAGAAAAAGAUCUCCGUGGUAAGCUGGAAAAAAUCCGGACUGAUCAGUUAUUCAAGAAGAGCUUUGUUCAAACAUUGAAAAGAUCUAUCUUUAGAAACAAAUCGGGGAUGUCCGCAGCAGUGGUCGGAGUCCCAGGGAUCGGGAAAACAACAAUGGUACAAAAGAUUGUUUACGACUGGGCCGAGAGGAAGAUAUACCAACAAUUCCAGUUUGUCUUCAGUUUCAAAUUCCGGGAUUUAAACACCAUUAACUGCAGAAUAAACCUGAAGGAACUGAUUCUGCAUCAUUAUCCCUACUUUGGGAAUAUCCUGACAGAGGUCUGGAAACACACAGAGGGACUGCUGUUCAUAUUCGACGGAUUGGAUGAAUUCAAGGACAAAAUCAACUUUGUUAAUGGUCGGAGAGACACAGAAUCACAGUACACAGAUCCUGAAUUCAAGUGCAAGGUGUCUGAUAUUGUGUACAGUUUAAUCCAGGGCAAGCUGCUCCCAGGGUGUUCAGUGCUGGUGACCACCCGUCCCACUGCGUUACAUUUAUUGGAAAAGGCGGAUAUCAGUGUCUGGGCUGAAAUCCUGGGAUUUGUUGGUGAGGAACGGAAGGAAUAUUUCAUCAGGUAUUUUGAAGAUCAGACGGUGGCAGAAGCAGUUUUCAAACACGUGAAGGAGAACGAGAUCCUGUACACCAUGAGCUACAACCCCUCUUACUGCUGGAUCCUCGCUCUGGCACUGGGCCCCUUCUUCACACAAAGAGACAGGGACCCGCAGCGAGUUCCCAAGACCAUCACCCAACUGUACUCCUACUAUAUUUACCACAUCCUGAAAAACCACGGCCGUGAGAUUGAGAACCCCCGUGAUGUGUUACUCAGAGUUGGUCAGAUGGCCUUCAGAGGAGUGUCCGAGAAGAAGAUUGUGUUUACAGGUGGAGAUUUGAUCAACUACAACCUGCAGCCUUUCCAGUUCCUGUCCGGUUUCCUGAUGGAGCUUUUGGAGAGAGAGGAUUCUGCCCGGAGCGUGGUGUUCACAUUCCCACACCUCACCAUCCAAGAGUUUGUAGCUGCAGUCGCACAAUUCCUGAUUAUACAUCCCGGGCAUAUCCUGAAAUUCCUCACUGAAGCCCACAACACAACAGAUGGGCGAUUUGAGGUAUUUCUCCGUUUUGUUGCUGGUCUCUCCAAUCCAAUGACAACUCGGGGCCUGGAGGAGUUUCUGGGUCCAUUUUCUCAUGAGACAACCUGUCAGGUGAUUGACUGGGUGAAGGAGGAGGUUGAACGGCAGAGUGGUAAAAGGAGGCUCCUGAACGCAUUGCACUACCUGUUUGAGUCUCAGAAUCGUGGACUGGCUCAGGCCGCUCUGGGAUCUGUGGAAACACUUUCAUUCAGUGGAAUGACUCUGACCCCGAUUGACUGCGCGGUCCUGUCUCAUGUCAUCGGACUCUGUGAUACAAUAAAACAGCUCAACCUGGAGAACUGCCACAUUCAGUGUGAAGGAAUCCAGCGGCUGGGACCCGGGCUGCACAAGUGCCAGGAGUUGAGCCUUGGGGGAACUGGACUGGGCGACUCAGGAGUGAAACUGGUGUCUGCGGCUGCGAGGAACCCGGAGUGUAAAAUACAGAAACUGGUGCUGAACCGUGUCGGUCUCACAGAUUCUGGUGCCGAGGAUCUUGCCUCUGCUCUCAGAUCAAAUCCAUCACUGACGGAGCUGGACCUGAGUUAUAAUAAACUGGGAGAUUCAGGAGUGAAACUGGUGUCUGCGGCUCUGAAGAACCCGGAGUGUAAAAUACAGAAACUGUGGCUGAACCGUGUCGGUCUCACAGAUUCUGGUGCCGAGGAUCUUGCCUCUGCUCUCAGAUCAAAUCCAUCACUGACGGAGCUGGACCUGAGUUAUAAUAAACUGGGAGAUUCAGGAGUGAAACUGGUGUCUGCGGCUCUGAGGAACCCGGAGUGUAAAAUACAGAAACUGGUGCUGGAAAAUGUCAGUCUCACUGAUUCUGGUGUCGAUGAUCUCGUCUCCACUCUCAGUGCAAACCCAUUACUGAUGGAUUUGUACCUGGGAUCAAACUCGCUGACAGACAGAUCUGUCCCCUCUCUCCUCCAUCUCAUACUGACCCUCCCGAGUCUGGAGUGGAUGGGGCUGGGGGGGAAUCGGUUCAGUGAGACCGGGGAGAAGGAAAUGGGCUCACUGCAGGGAGCGAGACCCGGACUGACAGUGCGGAUCUGAACAUUUGAAUGUGUGAACAUCCUGGCCCACAGGAUGGGGACAUUUCGCUGAUUUCCCGCUCUCCACUUUAACUCCCCAUUCACCUUUAAUGUCAGCGCGCUGGGGGUAAUUCCCAGCGGUUUUAAUGGAAUCGGCCCCAGUCUCGAGCUCAGUAACAUCGGAAGCGGUCCCGCAUUCACGUAUUUCCGCCUGUUGUCCAGCGGCGCAGCUUCUGCCCGAUGUGCGUGUUCGAGACUCCCCACAUGAGACCCCGGGAAAUUACACAGACAGGAGGAGCCCGGGGUAGUGGGGGGGGGACCGGGAUUCAAUCUGGUACACCGGUAUCCCGGGGUGGGUGGGAUUAUCCCAGGAGAGAAUCCUUUUGCUCCCUUUGCUGAGGACGGUGCAUUCGGCAGUCUGGCCGAUAUAAUGAUGUUAAAUUGACAAAUCCCUCGUCAGUGAACCUGGAUCUGCAGCGAUCUCAGACACGGCCCUGAAGUGUGAUUUUAUAAUCAUCGGUUCCCCGAUGCAGAGUGACGGUGAGAAACGGGACAGAUUAUUCAACCGGUCACUCCUUGUCGCCGGUCAGUUAAUUGUGUCUGACUGUGAGUGAGUCGGGAGCAGCUUAUUUAUUCCCGCACGUCAGCAGCUCACACAUUGUUUCAUUUACAUUUGUCAUGAUGAAAUCAAUAAACUGAUA